AUGGCGGUGUCCGGCUGUAUCGCGCCUGGCCUCUGGGUCCGGGGCUCCGGGCAGUGUCUCGGGAGUGUCUUCACCCUCUUCUCAAAGCCACUUUGUUCCGCUGCUGCUGCUGCUGCCUCUCGGCCCCUGGAUGCUCAGAGAUUAGCAGAGAGACUCCGGGCCCAGAAACAGCAACAAAAGACCAAGAAGCCGGCGCCCACGAACCCUGUUCAGCGGAGAGUGCGAGAACUAGUGCGGUUCACGGAGCAGCUGCAGCGCGUCCACCCCAACGUGCUGGCCAAGGCGCUGAGCAGGGGAAUUGUCCAUCAGAACAAGGACCUUGUGGUCAUCAAUAAGCCCUACGGUCUCCCUGUGCAUGGUGGCCCUGGGGUCCAGCUCUGCAUCAGUGAUGUACUGCCCAUCCUGGCAAAGAUACUCCAUGGCCACAAGGCAAAGCCGCUGCACCUGUGCCAUCGGCUGGACAAGGAAACCACAGGUGUGAUGGUGUUGGCUUGGGAAAAAGAAGUGGCACAUCAAGUUCAAGAGCUGUUUAGAACUCGUCAGGUGACAAAGAAGUACUGGGCCGUCACCGUGCGCGUCCCAGUGCCUGAAGCAGGAGUCGUGGACAUCCCCAUCGUGGAGAAGGAGGCGCAGGGCCAGCAGCAUCACCACAAGAUGACGCUGUCCCCGAGCUGCCGCAUGGACGACGGGAAGAUGGUGAGGGUUCGGAGCAGCCGGAACGCGCAGCUGGCGGUGACUCAGUACCGGGUGCUGAGCAGCAGCCUGUCCGCCGCCCUCUUGGAGCUCCAGCCUGUUACCGGAAUAAAACAUCAGCUUCGCGUUCACCUGUCUUUUGGGUUGGAUUGCCCAAUCCUUGGUGAUCACAAGUACUCAGACUGGAACAGGCUGGCCCCCCAGAAGCUGUCCGCUGGGAUCCUGAAGAAGCUGGGGCUGCAGCAGUCCAAGGCCCGCCACCUCCCCCUGCACCUGCACGCCUGCCAGCUGACCCUGCCAGCCCUGCAGCCCCGGAAGGAAGAGCUCACCUUGCUCUGCAAGCCUCCUCGCUACUUUGUCAACUCCCUGCGCCGUCUGGGCUUAAAAAUGCCAAGUCGGGACCACGGUGCAGACGAGGAAGCCACACAGUCAGGAGCCCAGUGA